ACGGUUCUCUGCUGGAAAAUUUCACGGAGCUUACCACCUCCCCGAUCAACAUGUCGGAGCAAUCGCUGGCUCCGUCGGCCACCGACUCGAAAGAUCUCACGACAGAGCCUACGGAUUCAAUCCCCGAGCUAUCUACCUACGUCGCGACCGAGGCAGAUGAAAUCCUUUCUGCUCACCGAUUGAUCGCGGAUAGCGUCGCACAACAACGCCAACUCGCGGCGCGAGCUAUCAUCUUCCACCCUCUCUGGCUCGGAGCCAUGGUCGCGGUCAUCGGCGUCGUCUACCAGAUGUUAUACCACGACUCGUCCGAUCUCCCCUUGAUGGCCACCACGAGCGCGGGGUGCGUGAUGGCCGGUUUGUCGGUGGUGCGACUGUUCACGGGCGGGUACAUUGAGCAUGCCGAACAUGUGGGCACCAAGGCCUGGCUGGAGGAUGAGGCAGGAAACGGUCAAGAGCAGGCGAUUCUCGUGACCAAGUUUGGCGAGCAGAUCAUCGGCGCGCUGAUCGUCACGGGCAUUCGAGAAGGGCGCAAGGUGCACGGGGUCAUUCGGGCGUGGACCGUGCGGCAAAAGUAUCGGGGCAAGGGAGUGGGAUCGGGAUUGCUCGAGGAGGCGAUUCAGCUCUGCCAGAAGAGACGGUGGAAAGGGCCGGAGUUUGACGAGGCGCAUGCGAAUGCGAGACGGGUGUUGCCAUCGGUGUUUAAUGGGCCGUUUGAGAGACGAGAGAAACGGGCGAGGGCCGCUUUGGAAAAGUUGGUGAAGAAGACGUAG